GGGAGCCAAUGAGAAAACGGACCGGUGGAAUGGGUGGAACUACGAUCGGUGAGGGGAAGCUAAGGGGAAAGCCGUGGAAUGGCGGACGGUUGGGACGGUUCGCUUCGGUGGUGAAGAGCUAGUGGAAGCGCGUCGGAAAAGGCGGCCGUAGGCGGAGCCCUGUUUGAAGCUGAUCCACCAUGCCAUUAGUAACAAGAAAUAUCGAGCCAAGGCACCUGUGCCGCCAGACAUUGCCCAGUGUUCGGAAUGAGCUGGAAUGUGCGACCAACAUCACCCUGGCAAAUGUCAUUCGACAGCUGGGUAGCUUAAGUAAAUUUGCAGAGGACAUAUUCAGAGAGCUUGCUGCACAAGCAACCACAUUUGCCUUUCGAGUCAGCUCUUUAGUUGAGAGAGUUGAUCGCCUUCAGGUGAAAGUUACUCAGUUGGAUCCCAAGGAGGAAGAAGUGUCCUUACAAGGUAUUAACACCAGGAAAGCCUUCAAGAGUUCUACAACUCAGGACCAAAAGCUCUUUGAGAGAGAAUCUGCCCCGCUGCCUGUCCUUGAAACAUACAGUACUUGUAAUAAACCACCACCUCUUAACAUUCUGUCCUCAUACAGGGACGAUGGCAAAGAAGCACUUAAAUUCUACACAGAUCCAUCAUAUUUCUUUGAUCUUUGGAGGGAGAAAAUGCUGCAGGAUACCAAGGAUAUUAUGAAAGAGAGACGGAAGCAUAGGAAAGAAAAGAAGGAUAAUCCUAACAGAGGAAAUGUCAAUCCUCGGAAGAUAAAAAGCCGAAAAGAAGAAUGGGAAAAAAUGAAAAUGGGUCAAGAGUUUGUCGAUACAAGGGAAAAACAUGGAGGAUACCCUCCUAACAUGGUGUAUCAGAAUGGAAGCAUUGGCUCCAAUGAGAGCGUUGAUGCUACCUACUAUCCACCUCCUCCACAGCCAGAAUCGGUUUCACCAUCACCUCCUCCAUUGUCAGACGAUAGUCUUCCGCCACCACCAGCAGAAUUUAGCUAUCCACCUAGCCAGAGUUUUUCUGGAGGGCUGAAGAAAUCCACCCUCGUCAGCCCCAGCCAUCCUCCACCAGAUCCUCCCAUUAGCUCGCCCCCGGGAACCCGACCUGGCUUUGCUCCACCUCCUGCUCCACCACCACCACCACCGGUGGAGGGACUUCCUCCACCCCCUCCACUUGUCGGCUUUCAAGCUGCUGGCAUUCCUCCUCCACCAUCUCCACCCUCCUUCCCACCUCACCCUGAUUUUGCUGCCCCUCCACCCCCUCCACCUCCAGCAGCAGAAUAUGCCGUUGUGCCAUCUUCCCUCCUACCACAGCCCACAAGUGGGGUCCCUGUCCCUCCCCCUCCCCCUCCUCCUCCUGGCCCACCUCCUUCGUCUUUUGGUGGCAUGGGUAUUCCAGAGGCUUCUAUUCAACAACCCGAUUUGGUGCCUUCCAAGCCAAAAUCCUCAUUGCCUGCUGUUAGUGAAGCUAGGAGUGACUUGCUUUCUGCUAUUCGUCAAGGAUUCCAGCUCCGUAAAGUUGAAGAACAACGUGAACAAGAGAAGGGAGACGUGGUGGGCAAUGAUGUGGCAACCAUCCUCUCGCGCCGCAUUGCGGUAGAAUACAGCGAUUCAGAAGAUGAUUCCUCGGAGUUUGAUGAAGAUGAGUGGUCUGAUUAAGCCCCUGCCACAUCCCCAAAAUGGGAACAGAAGCGGAUAAGAAAAUGGAGAGAAAAUGCCAGAAUGCCAAACUUUUUUUCUUUUUCCUCUUUUCAUCCAAUAACCAAAGAUCAACUUUCCAGGCUUCCAAAUAACUGCUUUCCCUCCCAGUUGAUGGGACUUACACAUCCUUCCAAGAAAGAAGGAAAAUGAACCCUAGAUUUCCAGAUUCUCAGGUUACUAUGAAAAUAUAUGUAUAUUGUUAAAGAUUUUCUUUGGCUUAGGACUAAAUUUGCAGCUCCUGGUGCAACCAGGAAGUGUUGCUUAAGAUGACAGGCAACCAACUUGCAAGUAAUACUAAUUUCCUUUGCAACAAUUAUGUGAGGCACUGGAAAGACUGUUGUAAGCUGGUGAUUCACCUCCUUUGUCCCUCAGAUAGGGUGUAAUUUUAAAUUUCUACUCCCACCAGUCCUAACAAUAAUUUCUUUAUGCUAAAUUUGGAAUGUAUUAAUUUAGGUUGUAUACACUGUGCCGUAUACACAACAGGAUCUUCUAAACAAUUUUAUCUCUCUCUCCCCACCCCACCCAUGCCUGUUAAACCAUAGAAUGAGCCAGGAAACAGGGAUUCUGUCUGCUUGACCCAUAGUACCACUUAAGUUUUUAUAAUGAAGGUGGAAUUUAGUAUAUGCAAAAUUAGGAAGAAUUUCCCUCCGUGUGCCUUGAAGACAAGAGCUUUAAGCACUGGAUGUGGUCUUGCUUUGCAAGCAAAAGAUUUGCAGAUUCUCAGUUCAGUAGAAGGUCCUACAUGAAUCAACUUAGCUGUAAGUGCUCUUUUUUUAAAAAAAAAAAUUCACAUUAUGCUAAAAGCUGAGAUGUGAUGAAAUUAAGCCAGUGGCCCUUCUCUAGACACCACAUGGGAGUUUUCAUGGACCAACUUGGCCAUAUGUAAUAUAUGCCCAGUCUUCCUUAUUAUUUUGCUUUAAUCCUUCAAUAAUUACCACGGAGUCAUUUCAGCAUUGUUGGAACCUAUAGAGCCUCAACCUCAGUUACAAAAGUGGUUUAUUGACAAAUUGAGGUUCUGCCCUACCAGCAUUAGAUAUACAUACUUCUUUGUAACAAACUUUUUUUUUUUCAAAUAGCAUUUUUGGGGGAUUUUCUUAGCCAAGAACUAGUAUACAGAAUGUCAGAGGGCAGGCCCCUAAUUUUAUCCAGGCAUCCCACUUACUGGAAUGAUGCUGUCCCUCUAAUCAGAGUGAUGGUUUGAAUAGGGAACUUGCCUACCUAUUUAUUGGUUUGAAAAUCUCUUGCCUUGCCAUAUGCCCUGUUGCCCUUUUUUCACUAGGAUAUGCCUCAUAACAGCCUGUGCCCCAAAGAGUGUUGCUUUCUUGCUUUUAUCCUUACAGACUUUUACUCUAUGUUCCUGUUUUAGUUUUGAACUUCUGGUCCCCUAGCUAUAUAGCAGAGCAUUUCUUUAGCCAAAAGAAGGGCCAAACUUUCACAAGUACCGUAGGCAGAACGUCUAAAGUAGCCCGAAGAAAUUCUUUCAGUUUGGUGGUUUCCUUUGUGAAGCACUGAACAGCUUUGAGCAUCUGAUUUGAGCGCAUAAAAGAUAGGCUGAUGGGUAGUUUGCUCCUGAAUUAUAAAACCUUUCAAAACACUCUAUAAAUUUCAAGAACGACCCUAAGGCAACCCAGAAUUAAUAUUCAAGUACUAAGAGUAGCGGCCAGCUUAGAAUGAAGUGACAAGACUUAGCCUGCUUUUUAAUUUGCCGUGCGUUUCAUACAUGGCAAAAACUUUAACUUUGCGUGACUGUACGUACUAAAAUCUCUGUGAAUGGCUUCUUCCUAACAGAAGCCACAGGAACAUAAAAAGGCUUUUUCAGGUGUGCAUUCAGAAUGAGAACGGUUACCCAGACAUGGUGCCAAGAGAACUAUAUGGCUGUGCCAAUGAAAUUAGAGAGCCUCUGUAGUUAGUAUAACUCUUUUUUUUCUAGCUAUCCCCAUGAAUGACUUCCCCACCCCCCAGAUUGACUUUAUCAAUUUAUAUUCAAUGUGCUGCAUAAGGAUAAUGAGCAUUCUUAGCAUAACAUUUAAACAGGUUUGACCUAAGGUUGACUUCUAAAAGUUUGGAAGUGGUGCUAAUUCUUUCAAUGUUCCUUGAGAGGUGGGUGUCCUGCACAGAGAGUGCGAUUUAUCUUGUCAGCUUUUCACAACCCGAUGCCUCUCACUUACAGCUUUUAAAUUGAUUGUCUUGUGUUGACUAACACCUGAAAACACAGGAGUUCUCCCAACAUAUCCACACAUUCUGAAGCUAGGGUUGAGUUCAGAUGCUAGUAAAAAGCUUGAUUCCUCUCAAUUUAAAUCCCUCUUACUGCUUUUUUUGCACUUUUAAGAGGUGAGACCACCUGCUGGAGAAGAAUAAGUUGUUACUUAUUUAACAUCAUGUUCAAUAGAACUGCCCUGAAAAAAAUCGCCUGAGAAACAGAAAACCAGUCUAACACCUCACCUAGCCAAAUGGGCCACAGUUACCAGCCAGGCCAGGGGUCUCCAACUUUGGCCAUUUUAAGACUUGUGGACCACUUGCGAACUUCCCCGUGCUGGCUGGGGAAUUCUGGGAGUUGAAGUCCGCAAGUCUUAAAGAGGCCAAGAUUGGAGACCCUUGAGCCAGGCCAUGGAAUCCUUAGGUGCUGGACGGCGACUGCCUCUCCUACUGCUCCAGUUUUAAAGAGAUCUUCUCCCUGAACUAAAACGAAUGAAAUUGUCUCUUUGAGACAUUCAUGCUUGGCGUGAAGCAUCAAAAUAGAUUUGAUCCAUCUCCAAAAGAUGGCUUUAGUCUCGCUAUUCUGAUUUUAGAAUAGUUAAUCGAACUUAAUUGAAGACGUUAGUUAAUUGAACUUAAUUGAAGAUGCUGUACAGAUUUCAUUCUCUGAGUUAGUUGGAAUACUUGAGCUUUUCUUACAGCAUCUAAACAGCAGGAGCAGCUGCUUGGUUCAAUGGAGGAAUAGGGUGGAGAAGGAAUUUCAUUGGAACAACAGUGCUACUGCUUGAUUUCUACAGAGAGCCCACCCCUUAUUUACUUUACUUUCCCCCCCCUUUUGCAUCACACCUUCUGAGUAAACUAGUUUUUCAAAUUGCUUUCUUUAAAAAUAUAUAUAUAUAUUUUAAGUUCUAGAUUGUGCCACCAGAUCCAAAACCUUUUUCUACAAUGCUGGGUCCAAAACGUUUCCUACAGCCUUUGAAGAUUGACUUCUUUCCUUCUCCACCAUAGUUGACCACAUUAUGAGGAAGGACCCUUCAAAAUCUCAAGAAGUCGCAAAGCUUUGUCACGCAAGCAAUUGGGCAGAGAGAGUCUUAAAAUAGGCCUCGGAUCACACAGCUGGGGAGAAGGGUGCUGUGUCUUUUUAUCAGGGUGCUCGUGCUACAGAAACACUGGGGCCGCCUCUGCUUGAUUUUUUUAAUAUGUUUUUAAACAGAGUUUUGAAGUGGGGAGGGAGAGCGUGACUUUUUCUUUCCUUAUUGCACCUUUUAACAUGAUUCAUUUUAAUUGAUUUUAAAAACUAACAAUGUUUUUAUUAUGUAGAAUAAGUUGACUUCUAUAAGUGCCUUUUUUCAUGAAAUAUAUUUAUGUAAGAGUAAUUAUUUCAAAUGUAUCAUAGGUCAUACCUGAACACAAAAGUGGGAUGUUGAAGAAAGUGUUCUUUUAACAAAGCUCUCUAAAUGGUCAGUUUGUAAAAAAAAAGAGAGAGAUCAAUAGAUAUACCUUAAUUAACUGCCGGAGGAAAUGGUUAUGAACGCAGAUGUUGGUUUUAUCUGUAGAGACCAAGAGCGUUUACACGUUCCAGAAUAUCGGGCAACAGCCAGCGGUAUGAUUUUUCCAGGUGUUUUGUCAGUGUAUCCAUACACACUUGGUGAAAAUGAGCGACCAUUCCAUGAUAGGCUGAAAGUCUGCUUUACUGUAAACUCAGCCGUUGUGCGAAUUGGCUUUUGGGAUGAAUUCAAAAGUCCUUAAACCUAAAGCCAAAAGUGCUGUAAUGACACCAACCAUAUCCACGCUAGAGGCCAGUGAUCCUCAGAGUAUGUCUGUACUGCCUGAUGAUCAGUACCAAAUUCUGCCUGACAGGUCUUGGGUGAAGAGGGAGAAGCACAAUGGUGAUUGGAAUUGUUGCUUUUCUUCCACACUCUCAUGCAGAGUUUGGCUCUCCGUAUUCAUUUUAUUGUCCCUAGUUGCUGUUUUUAAUCCAAAUCUUUUAAAAAACUGCUUUUAUAAUCUCUCUAAUUUUGUCUACCUUUCCUCGGGGGACUUCUUGUAAAGUAUGUGUGAUUAAAACAAAACUUUUUAUCAUAUAAACCUUAAAGAAAUGAGAAAUCCUUUCUAGCCAUUGUGUUAUGUUUAAGGUUGGAUGAAUCGGUCACUUUCUCUAGCGCUUGGUUAUAAUCUCUUACUGCCAUUCACACGAUCAUCUUUUCUUGCCUAUAUUUCCUGGCGCAUGUACAACUUACAAGUCUGAACGCAUAUGUGCUUUUUGUACUCCCUCAACCUAUGCAUUUUUAACACAGGUCAGAAUUUCACUGGAAAAAUCCAGUGCAGCCCCAUGACUGCAGGAUAACAGUUCCAGUGAAAAAUGUCCUCUUCCUUAGUAUCGCCUUGCAAAACUUGGUCCUGUUGCUAUUCCUAAUUUUCAUCUCCUUUUAAAGUCACUUUUUAACCUGCUGCCCUAAAGAUCAGAAGUUACAAAAAUGGUACAAAAGAAUAUUUGUAAUAUUUGGCAGCUGUUUUGAUAUCCUUUCAUUCUACUUUGGAUGUGCAUGGCUUAAUGGUUCUGCAAGCCUCAGUCCACAAAUCUGGUUUAAGAAAACAUUUGGAAACAUUGAUAAACUUCCCGGAUAGUCCAUGUGUAUGGCAGAGAUCCUUGAUUUUAGAAAAUCACAAAGGAAGUGUGCAGGAUAAAUAGGGAUCUGGGCCUUUAGUGGGGUUAAAAAAAGUUUUCUUUUUUUUUUCCUUGAGAGGAUAUAAUGCUAAAUAUUCAUUUUGUUCUAAAUAUAUUGAAAGGAAUUACCCAAAAGCUUCCAGUUUUUCUCUCCUGACCCCAAAGU